CCGUUUUAAAAAAAUUGUUGCCAGGCGAAGUGAUACUUUUCUGUCAAUUUAGAGGCCUUUAGAGGUGUAUGUAAUGCAUUUUAAUUACAGAAUAUAUAAUAUUUAAGAGCAACAGGUAAAUGCCAUGAGUGGAAGACCAACUUCACGCCCAAGUGGAUCAAGGGGUACCCCAGGAACUGCAUGGCAAAAAACAACUGCAAAACCAACCACUGGUGCUAAACCUAAAUCUGCUUCUCCAAAAAAGGCUGCAAAUAAGGCAGGAACAAGUACUGCAUUGGUUCCUAGGAGCAAACAAGGUGCCAUAGCAACCAGGAAAGGAAUGGCACCUAUCCCAAUGAAGAAACAGGAUGGCAUGCUUGUACCAGAGGGUUACACUGUGCGUAAGAUAGAGCCUGCCAAGAAUUACGACGUAGUGUCAUUUGCCCGUGCCAUGAAUCCGGACUUUGCACCCAGAGUGAAAAAAUUGUUUGAUCCAGAAAGGGAAGCUGCAAUUGCUGCUCAGAAGUCUGGUGUCUACAUUGGCUGGAGGUGCCCUGAGUUUACUUGGGAUUGUCAAAGAGUUAGUUCAAUGUCUAAGUGUUUCUGCGGACAUCUACUAGGAGAGCACAAUUCAUACAAUGGCCAUAGUGUUAGAGUCCCCUGCAGACAACCAGGCUGUUCCUGCAAAGCAUUUGCCUGGAUUCCUUCUAGACCAGAGGAAAUAGGAGAGUUCUGGUUUGCAAGGAGAAGAGACUUUGAUCCUGAGGCCUGGAGGGCUAAAUGUAGAUGUAAGCACACACAUGAGGACCAUGAUCCAAAUGGUAUGAGGAGGUGCAAAAUGAGAGGUUGUGGGUGCAGUGUCUUUGACUCUCCAUUCUUGUGUGCUGCAUGUGACCAACAUUGGGAAGUUCAUGAAACAUUUUUUGAAACUGAGUCAAUGAGGCGAGACAAGGGACUACCCUAUGGUGAGGAGUACUUACCAUUCCACGAGAUGCCAGAAUUACGCAACAUUGUCCUAACAGGGGAGGAGACUGAUGAUUCUGUGUACCGUGCCCUGACUGAGGGGGAGGGUGCUAUACCACAUACCAAUGUUAGGGCCAUUGCUGAUAAUAAUACACCAUUCUCAUUUGGAGGAGGGGGAAGGGGUGGUGGGAGAUCAGGAGGAUUUAGACCAACUUAUGAUUAGUGACUAGCAGGGGGUCUCUUAGAGUUUCCUGAAUUCUGUCUGCCUUAAGUUAAGGAGGCUCUUAUUCUAAUAUACCCCCUCCCCCUUCUUCCUUAGUAUGUCCUCUUUCAAGGAGAUAUAUUGGAAGAAGAGACAGAACUGAAGAUAAUACAGGAACAAACACAAUAGAUUAUGAUUGUCCACUAAGAUGCACAAUUUGCUACCAUAUUAUUGCGGCCUGCCUUUAUUCUAGAAAGGAAUCUCAGGACAGCGUCGACUGGCAAAUGAUUAAAUACCUAAUAAGCUAAGAACAAAAUGAGAUGGUCAUUUUGUGAUUUAAUUGGGCAUGAAAUGUUUGUAUCUGUAUAUAGUAGGAAAAAGGACUAUUCUCGGUUCGGAGAACAAAGUUCAUCACUCUAAAUGAGCGUUACCCCUGUUUCGG